UUGAAACAUGAUUCGUUGAGGCGCAUGUCAACUGCAUAUACCCAUUUGGUUUUCAUCUUAUCUCGAAUUUGGAAUUCUGCAACGCCGAUUGACUGCAUCUAAAUAUAGCCCAUUGGGGGCGAAAAAAACCGAUAUCUCAUCUUUUCCCAGCCUGGAGAGCCACCAUGUUUGAGCUGCCCGAUGCAAAGAGAGUCCGCCGGGAGGAUCUACAUGCAUCGGAUGAGUCUUCGUGGAGCGAGAGUGAAGGAGAUGCAGACCGGGAGGCAUGGCUCAAUGCACAAAUCGCCAAAGCUCUUGGAAUAGACGAGAGUGAAUUUCGUGCGCCAAAACCACAGGACACCUUGCCUGGACCCAACAAGCCUCAGGCUAGCGACACGAAAGAAGACGACGGACUCAGCUCUGAUUCGGAGAGUGAACAAAACGCCCCUGCAGAUGAGUCUGCGUCUAACCAAGAUGCCGAAGCUGAGGAUGAAGCCUAUACCUUUCGGCUCUUCAGCACGGCUGGUCCGGCACCAAAGGUUGUUCUUGAAAACCACGACAGAAUUAUCGAAGGCAAACUUGCCAGAGGUAGGCCGUUAUCAUACUACCUGGUAACAGACCUGCCGCCGGAGAAGAAACACCAAUAUGAGAUGGCAGCAGUGAGCGGAGAAGACAUCCUUGCGCGAUCUAAAAUAAGGGAAUGGGGUCUUGAGCUCCCCUGGCGAGUCACAAACAUCAAAGUCACGAGAAAAGCCCGGCCCGGGGAAGGAGUAGAUGUCACACGCGUCGACGAUGAGCAGCAAGCGAAGAGGAAACGGCUGGGGAAGAAGAGCAGAAUAGCAAUGAGGAAAAAGGCGAGGGCGAAGGAGCAGGCUGAUGCAGCAGCGAAGCAGAAGAUGGCUGAUAAGGAGGAGCAGGUGAAAGAGAAGAAGAAGAGAUUGAACAAGUUGAAGAAGGCGAGAAGAAAGGCAAAGAGAAAGGCUGGGAAGGGCGAGAAUGGCGGAGGUGACGAGGACAGCUCUUCUGAUGAAGAGUAAACCAGCAUCACGGCGGAAUUCUGUACUGUACAUACAACGCUUAUGUAAAUAAUUGGGCUGUAAUACAAAGCCCUUUGAGCGACUCGUUUUAUCUUUUACGGAAAAGCAGGCAUAAAGGUUGC